UGACAUUAUGCACUCAAUCCCCGUUGAUUAAUUAACGCUACAUUAAAAAAAAAAAAGCUUCAAUUCAUGAAUCAAUAGCAACAAUUACGUACGUACUUAUUUGGCCUUUUAACUCUCUCUCUUAUCCACACUUGUCUAUUUAAAUUAGAAACCUCCCAGCUUCGUUAAACCCCUUUCGCUUUAGCUUCUCAUUAAAAUUUAUUCAAUUAAUCAAUGGAAGGAAAACAUGGGCGCUCAAUUACAAAGGACUUUUUCAAAGUUUUGAUGCCUGGUUUCCACCAAAAAUUGAGCCUGCCACCAAUUGUUUCCAAGGAGCUAGAAAAGCAGAAAUCGAGAAGAGUGAUUCUAGAAAGCAGAAUCGGAAAAUGGAGAGUGAGUUUGUGCAGAAACCACGAAAAUGGGUUGAUCUGUUUGAAUCAAGGAUGGCCUCAAUUUGUGGAUCGCCACGCCUUAAAACUGGGCGAGUUCGUCGUCUUCGAACACACCGGCGAUCUGAACUUCAACGUUUCCGUGUACAAGACUAAUUUCUGUGAAAAUGAGUUUGACGACGAGGAGGAAGAAGAGGGAACUGAAGCCCUAAUUCCUCUUAAACAGAGCAAGGAAGAAGAGGGAACUGAACAGAGCACCAUGAAAGAAGAAGAAGAAGAAGAAGAAGAAGAAGAAGAAGAAGAAGAAGAGGACAUGUUUUUCGAGAAGACAAUGAAAGCUCGUCAUGCUACGAAGUGGGCAACUGUGAAUAUUCCGUUUGCAUUUUUGAGGUCGAAUAAUCUAGGGAUGCAGCGUAGGGACGCAGUUCUAAGAGAUCCUCGUAGUGGAAGAGAAUGGGAUGUGAAAAUUUUAGCAGAGAGAGGAGUUUGGUUCAGAAUGAGAAAAGGAUGGUAUGCUUUCUAUGAAUCCAACAACCUCAAGGAUGGAGAUCGUUGUGUUUUCCGUUUAAAUCGCCGUUUGUUAACGUCCACCACUAUCGUUUUUGAUGUUGAGAUUAUUCGUGCCAAAUGAACUAUUAACCAUUUGAAAUGUAGUGAUUUUAAUUUCUUCCUAUCUACUAUAUGUAAAUCUCCCUUUAAUUUUAUACUUAUUUAUGGUAUCAUGACGACGAA